AUGCGCCCAAAGCCACAGCUUGCUCCACCUCUCGAGUCUCCACGACCUGAGCAUCGUCUGCGGGCUCUGACUAACGUGCAAUAUCAUUGCUCCAGCGGCUUCGCAUCCCCUUCUCUCAGCUACACCGCAACAUCAAAAGACAUGACCUCGCUGCCCUUGAACUACGCCAUCGACUACCACACCUUAAGCAUCCUCAUACCGCCACUCACCCGCAUACUUCUCUUCCUCCAGGGAGCAUCACCAUCUUCGGCUCCAUUGUCUUCCAUGGCUUCCAAACGCCAACGUCUUCGUCCUCCAACGCAUUCACCGCCAGCUCUUGCUUCUUUCGACACGUUUCAUCCUACAAAGGUCCCCAUCUUCCAGCACCUUCAGCUUUUAGGACCUUCGACUUCCACCUCUGAUUCUCCCAUUUUUCAACGUCUGCUCUGGUAUCACAACUACUUCCGCUGCACUGCGUCUGCUUAUACCCUCCUCGACCAUCUCCAUCGAAUCUACCUUUUACGACACGCUUGCAUCCCUUACGUCGCCUUCCUCGCAUCCAGCGUCACCCUUACCAGGGCUACUCGACUUCACGUUUGCAGAUACAUCAAGGAUGUCAUCUUGCACUUGUUCAUCGACACUUUUCCACGUACAGACUCACAGUCUCCCGCUUCCUCAUCGCCGGUGAUCGUCACACCUCGUACUUGCUCCGCUACUGGGUAUGCCGUCUAG